CCCCUUUAUAACACCAUCGUAUCAGUUCCAAACAAGAAUCAGAAAAAGAAAGAAAGAAACACGUACGCGUACACACAGAGCGGAUCGAUCAGAGAGAGCAGUAGUACUAACAACAAUGGCUUCAUUGUCUGUACCGAAAACCCUUCUUUUCAACUUCUCGAGGGCUUUCCCUCAAUCCCAACCUUCUCUCCCCUUCCAUUCCAAAGUCUCUCGGGUUUGGUUCGCUUCUGCCUCCAAGUACUCUGAGGGGAUAUAUGCAGGGGAAGGAGGAAGAGAAGGGAGUCGCAACAAAACUCCAUGGACGAGUAGCAGUGAUGUUCAAGAAAGAGCAAACGAAUUCAAAGAUAAAGCGAAAGGCAGCAUGAAAGAAACGGCGGACCGAACAAGAGAGGGAUCCCAAGAACUGAAAGAGAAAGCGAAGGAGAAGGCGGACGAAAUGAAGGAGAGCGCGAAAGAGACGAAGGGGCAGGCGUCGGAGAAGGCGAAGGAAGGGACGGGGAAAGUGGCGGAGACGGCGGAGUACGCGAAAGAGAAGGCCGAAGAGUACGCUUACAAUGCGAAGGAGAAGACCCAGGGAGCGGCAGAGACCGCGGCAGAGAAGGCCAAGGAAGGGGCUAACAAGACCAAGGAGACGGUGGGGACGGCGGCAGAGAAGGCGAAGGAAGGGACGAGCAAGGCGACCGAGGCGGUGAAGCAGACGGUGGAGGGGGUGUUGGAGGGGGCGAAGGAGACGGGGCAAAAGAUUAAGGAGACGGUGGUCGGGAAGAGCGAGGAGGUGAGUGAAGAGGUGGAGGAGUUGAGGAGGAGGGCAGGGGGGCAUGAUGAUGGUAAGGAGAAAUAUUGAGUGGGGGUGUUUUUGGUAUUUUGGUUGGCAGUGGGAAAAAUAAAUGUAGCUAUGCAUGGGCCAUAUAUAGUUUGUAUUAAUUUUAAUGUGGUUUUAAGUAGUUUGUGAAAAUGAGACUACUCCUGGCAUUGUCUA